AUGAGCCGGGCGGAGGCCGAGCCCUGCUCCCGGGCGCUGGCGCAGGCCCGCGUCUACCUGGGCCAGCUGCGGGGCCGCGUCCCGCCGGCGGGUCCCGAGGGCGGCGGGCGGCGGGACUACCUGGUGGAGGCGGCGCGGCAGCUGCGGCUGGCGCUGGAGCGGGACGUCAGCGAGGACUACGAGGAGGCCUUCAAUCACUACCAGAACGGCGUGGACGUGCUGCUCCGCGGCGUGCAGGUUGACCCCAACAAAGAGCGCCGGGAGGCUGUGAAGAGGAAGAUCACACAGUACCUGAGGCGUGCGGAGGAAAUCUUCAACUGCCACCUCCAGCGGGCUGUGGGGGAUGGCAACCCCACCGGCACGGGUUACAGCAGCCUGCGCUUCCGGCCCAUCAGGACGCUGAGCUCAGCACUGGAGAACCUGAGACGGUGUAAGGUUGUGGGAGUGAUUGAUAAGGUGCAGAUCGUCCAGGAUCCAGCCACUGGUGGGACCUUUAUACUUAAGAGCCUCCCCAAAUCCCAUGUUGAGACCCGUGAGCGACAGACCAUCAUCCCUCAUGGGGUCCCCUUCAUGGUCAAGCUGCUGUACUACUAUGUGAGUGAGGAUUCUAUCUUCCUUCACCUGGAGCACGUGCAGGGGGAGACACUGUGGUCCCACCUCCGCUCCAAGUACUGUGUCCAGCAGGGCUCUUCCAGUUCGAAUACCCUUCAAGCCCUGAGGGAUGGUGGCAGAGUGGACGGUGUGGGAAGCUCCCAGGGCAGCAGCCAAGUCUCCAUCUUCUCUGCUCAGACAGGCAGCGGCCUCUCAGGCUCUGUGGCCCAUCGAGCGUUGGGAAGCACCGAUGCCUUGCCUCAUCGGGACCAGUCCCCUGGCCCCAAGGACCCUGGUGUGGGGAACCACUGCCAUCUUCACCUGGCUCCUGCUGGUGGCCCGAGGGCUGCACCUGGAGAGCAGGAUUUAAGCAUGACGCAGGCUGUGUCUGGUGUCUUGAACCAUGUUCCAGCAGCAUCAGCCAAAGGCCUUGGCCACCUUACCAACCAGGGCCUGGUCAUCUACCCCUGGGACACUCUAACCAGCAGCAUGGACUGUGUGUCGGAGAGAGCAGCCUCCCGGCAAGACCCUGCACUGUGUGCCGGUGAAAAGCUUCUCCAGACACCCGGCCUUGUUCUGAAGGCUGUGAAAGGAGGGCAGCCAGGGGGAGGGGAGACACCAUCUCAGCAAGUGUCUGAUGUCUCCUGUGCUCAGCGUCUCCUGUCCUUCUCGGGUCAGAGGCAGCUACGUGCAGGAGCUGCCCCAUCCAGCUCUGUCAAGCUCCACGGGCCUGACCUGACGGUGCAGGAGCCCUCAUGGGGGCCAAGCCUGAGCUGUGGCCAGCCCAGGGAGCAGCGUCUCUCAGGACAGUGCCAGUCUCUGGUUUCCCGUGGGCAUGGCCAGAGAGCGUGGGCUCUGAAGGAGGAGCAGGUGCAGGUGUGGGCAGCAGAAAUCCUCCUGGCCUUAGAGGGACUUCACCAACAGGGUGUACUGUGCCGGGACCUCAACCCCAGGAACCUGCUGCUUGAUGCGGCUGGUCACAUCCGUCUCACCUUCUUUGGCCAGUGGACAGAGGUGGAGCCCCAGUGCUGCAGUCAGGCACAGGAAGAGCUGUACAGUGCUCCAGAAGUGGGGGGGAUCACAGAGCCCACAGAAGCAUCUGACUGCUGGAGCUUUGGCGCUCUCUUGUACGAGUUGCUGACAGGAGUGCCACUAUCCCAAAACCAUCCUUCAGGGAUUCAACCUCACACCCAGUUGCAUCUACCAGAGGGGCUCAGCAUGGCUGCUGCAUCACUGCUCACUGAGCUCCUACAGUGCAACCCAAAGCAGCGUCUGGGCUUUGGAGGAGGUGGUAUGGCGAAGCUGAAGUCCCACGCUUUCUUUAGCACCGUCCCAUGGAACAAGCUGGUGGGCUAGGCAGGCUGUUCUUCCCACAGGGAGCUGGGCACAGAGCCAGCGUCUCUGACACUCGUGACCCCAAGGUGGCACUGGCAGCUCUAUCUGCUGGCAGGGUGGGGGGAAUUGCCUACAAGGGUUUCCCAGGGGUGGGGUACAUGGGGUUUUUGCAGUUGUAUCUGUUUUGUCUCUUCUCAUGUUGCCAUUUCUGUGAGGAGGCUGUGGUCUGGGCUGCCUUCUCCUCUAGGUCCUCUACAAUUGGAAAGGGAGCUCAGGUGCCCACCUUGGGGAGAGGCCACACACCCCUUCUCCAGUAUCCCUUUCUCAACACCACACCCUAGGACUCCCUCCCUAUGGUUUUUAUCUCUGCUGCUACCAGUGACACCCCCCAACACACUGGCAUUUUUUGUGUGGCUUCCAAGUGAAUCUCCUCUGGACCUUGCUGGCUGAUGCCUCAGCCUGGGAUCUGUGCCCAUCCUUUGGCUGCAUAUGUGUGUGUGUGUGUGUGUGAGUAAUGUCUGCUGCAGGGGCAAGAUGUGAGGGAGCCCUCAGUUCUUCUCCCCUUGUUGCUCUGAAAAAAAUAAACCACUCAUUAUUGCUU